GAGGCUCGUUCUAAGUUGUGAAGUUGGAAGGGAAGACGCGAAGAAGUACCUCCUUGUGUCUGUGGCGUGCUCUGAAGUCUAAAGUGAAGUGACCGACCACGGAGGGACACACAAAGCCUCUUGGGAGGGGCCAUGUCUGGCAGUGGCAGUGCUAACAACAGCUGGACCAUCCUCACUCCUGAGGGAACUGCAGCUGAAACCCUGAGGCCUGUGACAAUGGGGACGGAGUACCAUGAAAAAAGCCAGACAUCUGCACCAGGUCCUGGGGACAACAACCAGCCUGCAUAUGGUGCAGAGUCUGCAGAAGAGCUCCCUGUGGUAUCAAAAGAAAAAACAGCAGAGAUAAGUGAAGACUCGAGUGGUGAUCAGCCCACCUCUGUGCCCGCUUCUGUCACGAAUAACCCCAUUCCUUCCUCUUUGGACAUCUCUGGCAACUUGAACCGUGGCAGUGAUGAAGUCAGCCACGCAGGGGGCCUACCUGAGGGCCCAGUGCAAAGCAGCUCUGACCCCGAUUCAUACUCUGACUCUUACACUCAUGUAACUCCUUCCCCUGGAGAGCCUCCACACUCCCCGUUGAGCACAGAGACUCUUGGAGGGGCAGAGUUUGUGCAGGAGGAAGGAAUGCCGCAUCUGCAAAAUGGGGAGGAACUGAAACAAGAAGGGGAUGAGCCAGAUCUGUGUCCAAGAACAACUGACUUGCGAAAAGAAGCAGACUCCUCUGUGGAUUCAGAAGCGGGUGAAGAGAGGACUGAGGGAGAGCCAGAGGUGAGGAAGAGAAGGUCCAUUUUAGCCUCUCUGGAGCAGAUUGGGAGAAGAGAGGAGGAAGAGGAAGUUGAAGAAUUUCACCUGCCACAGCGAGAAGAUGACAGUGGAUUUUCUGUGAACAAGUGCAUCCUGGGCGCUCUCAUUCUGUUAGGCCUUGGCACCAUCUUUUUCUCCGGUAUCUUCAUGGAUCUGGAUGAGGAGAGCGACUAUGGUGCAAGAGAUCUGAAAGAUACAGAGGUACCAGGAAAGCAGGAGUGGCUUAACCCAGAGGCUCCACCACCCCCGAUAGAUGCUGAGAAUUCAGAGCUUUUAAAUAAGCUAGCCAAAGGGAAUGAGCAGAUUUCUGUGCUACAGGCCCAACUUCAGCAGGCACAGAAAGAAGAGCUAAAAGUAGCCGAGGGACAGGCAGCAGAGGGAGCAAAGGAGCGGCUGAGGUGGGAGGCGGUGGAGAAGGAAAACAGUAGGUUGAAGACAGAGACGGCAUCUCUCCCUGUCCUUCAGAAAGAGAAUGAGAGGAUGAAGAAAGAGCUGGAAUCAUUCCCGGCCCUACAGAAAGAACUAGAAACACUGAGAUCCACUGUGACAGAAUUAAAACUCUCCUCAGCAGGCAGUCAGACAACUCAAGCAUCUGCAAAGCUCGCUACAUUGCCCCCGCCUGGUCAGCCAGAGGACAGCAGGCAGGAAACGGCUGGGUCCACAGAGAGACAGACAAAGAAUCUACGAGGUGACCUGAAGGAGAAAAAGAAAGAUCUGAAGAGGGAUAGAUAUGAAAAUGGAGAGCACAAAGAGGGAAAAGAGAGGAAAAAAUCUUCAUGGAUGGAGGGAGAGAAAAAGGACCAUAAAGAUGGUGGUAAAAGAGAACGGAAAAAGGAAAAACAUGAGCAAGGAAUGUUUGACAAGGAGAGAGAUAAGGAAGGUAGACAAAAGAAGCAUAGUGUAGGGGAACAACAACGGAAGGAGAAAGACUUGAAGAAAGAGAAGACUAGCCGAGGUGAUGAAGGGAAGCCUUGGAAAGAUGGGGAAGGAAAAAGAGAGUGGAUAGAAAAGAGGGAGAAAAAAGAAUGGAAUGAAGAUGUAGACAGGAAAAAAGCAAAGCAUGAAAAAGUAAAUGAGGGUAAACAAUGGAGAGGUAAAGAGGAGAACAAGAAUUGGAAGGAACGAAAGGAUCAUGGGAGUAGACAGAAAGGACAAAAGGAGUGGAAGAAGCUGAAAGAAGGCUUCAAAGAAAGUGGCAAAGAGCAAUGGGAAGAUAAAGACUGGAAGGAGAAAGGAGAGAAGAAGGAUAAAAAUGACAAACGUCAGGGUAAAGCAGGCAAAGAAAAGGGUGAAAGGAAACAGUGGGAAGAUGUCAAAAAUCACGGCAAAGAGAGGUCAAAGGAGGAUGACAGGAAGCGGUGGAAUGAAUACGAGCGGAAGAGUCAACAUCAAAAACAUGAUAAGGAAUGGAAGAGCAAGGACAAGAAGUGGGAACAGUCAAAAGAGGAACAGUGGAAAGAGAGAGGAGGGUGGAACGAGAGGAAGCAUAAUGAAGACUGGAAAAAAGAGAGAUUGCAUUCCCAGAAAAACAAAGAUGUAGACAAGUUUAAAAGUGAUCGUGGCCGUAAGGAAGAACAUCAAUAUGGAGACCAAAAGCCCUCUCACACACACCGCAAACCCUCCAUAGGACAGCCUGAGUACUGGGUCCAACAGAGGGAGCGUCUGCGGCACAGCCCUAAACCUCCACAGCAGUGUAACUCAUUGGAGUCCUGUGCAGAGGCUGAGCGGCUGCUCCCUGUCCCCUUAUCUGAGUUUGAGGCCGUCCUCCAGACAUAUCUCGCUAAGGCAGAGCAGGCAGGUGUGGAUAAUUCCAAGAGGCAGGAGCUCAAAAAACUGGCUACGGAGUUCUUUAAGGAUGGAGUUUUUGUUCACGAUCAGAUGAGCUUUCAAGCUUUUGUUGAAGAUUUGGGUGAUAUUUUAGAAGACAUGGUGGAAGAGCAGGAGAACGGGGAAGGAGAUGGUGCCAUAGAGGAUGAAAUGGAGGAGUUUGAGAGAGAAGUCAUGAAAAAGUUUUCAGUGCCGGGAGCUGGAGAGAGAGAGGAGAGAAUCAAAGGGGAAUGGAGGAAGGAGAGCGGACAAGGACGUGGCUGAUGAAAUGAUAGAAUUGAUGGAUCUGUCAAAAGUGGCUAAAAGGAGUCAGGGCAGACGAGGGUUUACUCAAAGGGAACAAUUCUUAUUGGACCACAAAGGCUUAAAAGUAUACAUUUAUCAACCUGUCAUGCUUUUUGCAGGCUGGCCUUUUGUGUUUUACCUCCAUCUGCUGUCCAAGUGAUUCACUAUUGUUUUCUUUUGUUUUGUUUUUUGUUUUGUUUCUUUUGGCCCGGGGGGGUCCACACAUGCACACACCUUAAUACACUGUCAUAUAGGAAGGGCUUGAAUAUACAUCGGACUUUAUUUUAAUUUGUGCGUGCGCUUAGUCUAAUAUUCUGCAUAAAGCUAUUUAUUUGGAACCGAGCACAUGCAGCUAAUGUGAACCGUUGGUGUGAAAGUCAUUUCUGUGCACAAUACUGUAUUCUUUCUGCAUCCCAGAGAUUACACUGUUGGCUUGAUUUAGAUUUCUAAAACAUACUGCGUAGUCUCAUUCAAACACUACAUUUCUCUACAAACAGCACUGUGCACUGUUGAAGCUUAUUUGCUGAGCGGGCCGGUAGCUACAGUGUGCCAUCUGCAGGUUUUAGUGACUUAAGCCUGAUUGUUAAUGUCAGAUUAUUAUGAGCGGAUGGCUAAAGGAUGGACGGCUGAAAACAUUUAGUGAGGGUCUGUAUUCAUGACAUUUCUGUUUGUAUAUUGUGUUUAGGAACUUGCUGAAAUUUACAAAUGUAUAAUUAACUUAUUUUAUAGCUGUAGGUAUAAUAUUAGUGUAGAUGCAUUGAUGGGCACAUGAGAAAUUAACAUGUUGAGCAUGUUUAUUGCUUUUCAGGUGCAGAACUUGCACAGAUGUCCUUAAGUUAUUGUUUUGCGAUGAAUGUUAGUUUGUGUUUGGUGAUGGUACUUAGAAAACUGCUUUCAAAAAAAUGUUUUUUGUUUUUUUUUCUCUUUACAUGCUUAUGUAUGUUAUUUAAAGGCCUUCAGCAGCAUAGACUGUUUUUCAAUGAUUGCCACACAGUGUGUGGUAGUACAGAGAAGUGUAAAUGUUAGAACAGUUUUCCCAUGUUA